AUGGUGACGUUGCCGGGCUGCACGCUGCACAUCGCCGUUGAUGCGGAUCUGUCCUCCAACUUUGACCAUCUCUACCCACCACACGCGGGCUCCAACUGCGUUGGUGUGUCCUCCGUGGCCCCGUCGGCGGGGCAUGCGACCUUGUUUUCGAACCUUCUGCCCCGCACCUGCGUGCGGGGUGUGCGCCAGGUGAACGCCGUCUCGCAGACGGUGGUGCUGCGUGUAGCGUCCGGUGCCUCCAGCGCCGACAGCAGUGGUGCAAUCAUGCCUGGGUCAGCUUCAGCGCUGACAAGAAACACAUACGCGGUGGUGGUGCUGGAUGCACAGCAGGUGCCGCCGAUGCUGUCGGCCGCGACGGCGCGCCGGUGCCUACCGCACUUGAGUGGUGCAGGCCCGCUGGGCUGGUACCUCGACGCCGUUGUGGCAGGGCUGCAACAAGCGAAGGAGGCGGAGGAGAACGAGGCAUGUAGCAGUGGCGCCGAAUCCGCGUUGACUGGCAAGGACAUGAACAGCUCACGCACGGACCAGCCUGGCACCACCACGCGAACGCUCCCAGCGCGACGCCGCGGCGCUGACGGCAGUGUCGUCCACAUGUCGCUCAUUGUCGUGCCGAACGCCACAGUCGCACUGAGUGGGCUGAACAGCACGAACGUGAACGUGACAAGCGCCGAGGCCGCCGCCCUCUUCAGCGCUGCCGUCGCGUGGAGCGCUGCACGACGUGUGAUGACGGAGGUCAGCGAUGUGGAGGCGCCGCUCGCUGAUCGCAGCGCUUGCGGCGCGGCGGCAAGAAGGUCGCACGUUGUGCCCGUGGAAUUAGACCUGUGCGCCACCGCUGCCCACGUCCAGCAGGCGACGCAGAUGAUUGCCGCACUGGGUAACAAGCUGCUCAAGUCGUGGCCCGCUUCCGAGGCGGCUGUCGGCUCUACCUCCCUAUUCGCCAGUGAUUCAGGUGAGGCAAGCAUUGUUGAUGCCGCUGACGUGCGGCCAGACACACAGCGCAAGGUCAUCCCAAGCGACUUUCACGCUCUGUACACCAGCAUGCUCACGGAGGUGUCCUCCUUCUCGGAGCGCAAGACGAUGGCGGCGGUAACAGCCUUCCCCACCAUGUGCCACCUCUUGGAAUACGUAGACAGUAUCGCGGAAUCCGCACCAGGCGCUCAAGAUGGCAGCGACGGCGAUGUGGUCGUUCACGUUCCGGGUGCAGUGUACAGCACCAACUAUGGCGAGCAUCGCUCAUGGAACGUGCUGAAUAGUGCUGUCAUCGAGGCGCUCGUGACGGAGUACGAGCGCUAG